AUGAUAGGCCCAGGUCAAGGUACCAUACAGCAGAUAGGGUCACAGACCUGCUCACUGCGGCCUUGAGUUAUGAGAUAUAGACUUGAUUAUGUCAUGUUUAAAAUUCUUAUCAAUAUUCGUGACAUUUGAAUAAACAUUUUAGGAGGAAUAGCCUUAAUUGGUUUUAGUCCCCUUAGGGGCUUGGACCCCUAAUAAUCUAUAUCUCCUCCUUCCCCAUCCAGGAGCCCAAGAGACAGUGGACAGAGUUUGGAAAAAGACCAAGAUGUUUCCCUACCAGCAGGUGUUAAAGGAGGGCUCCACUAUCUUGUUCUGCUGUGUCCCUCCUAGAGGCGUCCACAUCACCAAUAUGACCUUCAACUCCACCACCAGCUACCCCCUGAUCAACAUCACUCACCGAGUCACAGCCAUCGCUGUCCACAACCUAAACAUCACACAAGCGUCUGGCUCCGGGGUGUACUCCUGGUGUGAGGAUACAACAGAGAAGAGGAACAACUACUGCUCCAACUUCAUCAGCUGUUAGUAUGGAGGAGAGUUUUCUUGCCCAUCUGACCUCUGUCACAGGGCUUUCAUAGAACUGUCAUAACAAUGUUAUAGCAGAUCUCACAAACGUUAAAGCAAUUUACAUUGUCCUAGGCAUACGUUAGCCUGGUCAUUCCUCCUAUGCAGUGCCUUUUGGACCUCAUACCUUAUUAGGGAAAAAGUAUACAUUUAAAAUAUAUAUAUAAUUCUGUCAGAAAAAGGACGUUUGAAAUUCAGAAAAACAUAUUGGUCAAACUCAGGCACAUAAAUCCUAAUAAUUAUAGGCAGAUUGUUCAAACAUGGACCAUCAGAUAUUUCCACCCUGUUAGGGGCAUACACUAACUAUCUGAAAGUGUUAACAAUACAUGUACUGCAUAUAUCUAGAUUUAGAUUUUCUAAGACAUCAAAUGUCCCUUAUCCUAUCACAUUCAUUUUCCCCCCUUAAAAUAAUGAUAAAACAAUGAUUAUUGAGUGAAACAUAUGCUAUUAUCAGAAACAGCGCUUUAUUUGCAGCCUCUUCUAUCUCUACAAGGUUGCCAGAAAAUGAAUAACAUUUGAUGGUAUUGUCAAAUUAUGAUUUUAAAAUACUGACCUAACAGGGUGGAAUGAAGCAUGACAUGCUGGAAAGCAAUAACAGGGUGGAACUACAGUGAGGGAAAAAAGUAUUUGAUCCCCUGCUGAUUUUGUACGUUUGCCCACUGACAAAGAAAUGAUCAGUCUAUAAUUUUAAAGGUAGGUUUAUUUGAACAGUGAGAGACAGAAUAACAACAAAAACGAAUGUCAAAAAUGUUAUAAAUUGAUUUGCAUUUUAAUGAGGGAAAUAAGUAUUUGACCCCUUCUCAAUCAGAAAGAUUUCUGGCUCCCAGGUGUCUUUUAUACAGGUAUUGAGCUGAGAUUAGGAGCACACCCUUAAAGGGAGCAGUUUGUUAACUUGCUCCUAAUCUCAGCUUGUUACCUGUAUAAAAGACACCUGUCCACAGAAGCAAUCAAUCAAUCAGAUUCCAAACUCUCCACCAUGGCCAAGACCAAAGAGCUCUCCAAGGAUAAUAAUAAUAAUAUGCCAUCCUCUCCAAGGAUGUCAGGGACAAGAUUGUAGACCUACACAAGGCUGGAAUGGGCUACAAGACCAUCACCGAGCAGCUUGGUGAGAAGGUGACAACAGUUGGUGCGAUUAUUCGCAAAUGGAAGAAACACAAAAUAACUGUCAAUCUCCCUCGGCCUGGGGCUCCAUGCAAGAACUCACCUCGUGGAGUUGCAAUGAUCAUGAGAACAGUGAGGAAUCAGCCCAGUACUACACGGGAGGAUCUUGUCAAUGAUCUCAAGGCAGCUGGGACCAUAGUCACCAAGAAAACAAUUGGUAACACACUACGCCGUGAAGGACUGAAAUCCUGCAGCGCCCGCAAGGUCCCCCUGCUCAAGAAAGCACAUAUACAGGGCCGUCUGAAGUUUGCCAAUGAACAUCUGAAUGAUUCAGAGGAGAACUGGGCGAAAGUGUUGUGGUCAGAUGAGACCAAAAUGGAGCUCUUUGGCAUCAACUCAACUCGCUGUGUUUGGAGGAAGAAGAAGGAUGAGUACAACCUCAAGAACACCAUCCCAACCGUGAAGCAUGGAGGUGGAAACAUAAUUCUUUGGGGAUGCUUUUCUGCAAAGGGGACAGGAUGACUGCACCGUAUUGAGGGGAGGAUGGAUGGGGCCAUGUAUCGCGAGAUCUUGGCCAACAACCUUCUUCCCUCAGUAAGAGCAUUGAAGAUGGGUCAUAGCUGGGUCUUCCAGCAUGACAAAGACCCGAAACACACAGCCAGGGCAACUAAGGAGUGGCUCCGUAAGAAGCAUCUCAAGGUCCUGGAGUGGCCUAGCCAGUCCCCAGACCUGAACCCAAUAGAACAUCUUUGGAGGGAGCUGAAAGUCUCUAUUGCCCAGCGACAACCCCGAAACCUGAAGGAUCUGGAGAAGGUCUGUAUGGAGGAGUGGGCCAAAAUCCCUGCUGCAGUGUGUGCAAACCUGGUCAAGACCUACAGGAAACGUAUGAUCUCUGUAAUUGAAAACAAAGGUUUCUGUACCAAAUAUUAAGUUCUGCUUUUCUGAUGUAUCAAAUACUUAUGUCAUGCAAUAAAAUGCAAAUUAAUUACUUAAAAAUCAUACAAUGUGAUUUUCUGGAUUUUUGUUUUAGAUUCUGUCUCUCACAGUUGAAGUGUACCUAUGAUAAAAAUUACAGACCUCUACAUGCUUUGUAAGUAGGAAAACCUGCAAAAUCGGCAGUGUAUCAAAUACUUGUUCUCCCCACUGUAUGUAACUGUAAUUAGUAAUUGUAAUGAAAUUAGCAACAAAUCUGUAUCUAAAUAUACAUAAGAUAUAAAUAUAUUAUGCAAAUACAAGUAUAUAUUUGCAUUAGUCAUUUAUUUACUAUAUUUUCUAACAACAUUUCCACCCUGUUAGGUGCAUUUUCCAGGUCGAACCUAACAGAGUGGAACCUAACAAGGUGGAAAUUUGAAAUAGCUCUGUGGGUGAUUUAGAUUGAGCUACAGUAGCAUAAUGGUAAACACUUUUAGAGGAUUUUAAAUUCUAUAUCAAACGUACUUUAACAUUUUGAAAUUUGAAUCAUUUUCUCUAUAAUUUAGCUUAACAGGGUGUAUGAGUGAAACAAACAGAUUAACAUCAUAAAACAUGGAAAAAUAGAUAAAACCAAGUAUUUAUAUUUGUGACCCGUUUCAAGAAGCUAGGCGUAUGUCGCACGUCACUUUUAUUUUUAUUUGUAUCAAAAUGCGUUCUUUGGCAGAAAUGCCUUUUGGAACAUGUGAACUUUCAUGUACCUUAAUAACAAACGUGUAUGCCAUCUGUAAAUACAAAUACAAUUGUUAAAUUACGACCCUAGUUGGUUUAGUCACGGAAAAAGACAGGAACCUUCCUGCUACCCAUGAUUAGCAGAGAUAAUGGAUGGGCUGGACAUGCCGAGAGAUAGGUUCAGAUUGGUCUGCCAUGUAGCACGCUUCUGUCUAUAACAUGAGCUGCUCAGUAUGUGUAGAUAAUCCUUGCUACUGUGGCUUUAAAAAAACAUAUAACUUCAGCCAUGGAGAAAUGCAAAAGUGUUGCUACUGCUCUCAACAACAUUGCUGCCCAGAAUUUAGCAGGCGCUAUCGACAAAGAUCAGUGUGGAAAAGUUGUGAUUGACUACUUUCUGCACACGGUCAGUGUGAACAACAACGGGCCAAAUAAGCUGUAGCUAGCUACAAACCAAACGGGAAAAAACGUGUAUACGGUUAAGAGUCUAGCUACAUUUUCAGAUAUUAUAUGUUUAUAAUUUUGUCCGAAAGUUGUUUUCAUUGCAAAUUAAAGCAAAGACUUAUCAAUGACCCAAGCCCAGCUCAUUUAAUCCCCUACCAUUGUGUCGCUAAAUUUUCAUAAUGCUUCAGUAAAUGUACAUUAUCCCAGGGAAGACACAAUGUAAGUAACCUCAUUUAUGUUCCUCUUACUUCCCUGAUUACCUCUGCUGAUCCUACAGCUAUUGUAUGCAGUAAUCAUGUGCCUAUGAACCAGAGUUAUACUGUUAGCACUGAGGCGGUGUGCCCUAGCAGGAAGUCCACUGUGUGCAGCUCACCCAGGACUAACACAAAUAAUCUGAGCAUGUCUACCUCUGCUAAGCUUCCAAGUAAAGCAAUAUAAACAAUCAAGCAUUCCAGAAAAGUGCUAAAAAAUAGCCCACGUUAACAUAUGUAGCUUACGAAACAAGGUUCAUGAAAUCAAUAAUUUGCUAGUAACAGAUGACAUUCAUAAUCUGUCAAUCUCUGAAACUCACUUAGAUAAUACCUUUGAUGAUACAGUGGUAGCAAUACAUGGUUAUAAGAUCUAAAGAAAAGUCAGAAAUGCCAAUGGUGGUGUGGCUGUUUAUAUUCAGAACCACAUUCCUGUAAAGCUUAGAGACUAUCUCAUGUUAAAUACUGUUGAAAUAAUAUGGCUACAGGUUAAUCUGCCUCAACUAAAGCCCAUUUUGGAAGGAACCUGCUAUAGACUACCAAGUGCUAACAGUCAGUAUCUGGAUAGCUUGUGAAAUGACUAAAGGUUCAUCUGCUUCACACCUAUUCUGGUGUGAAGAUGCUAUAGACCACUAAGUAGGAAUCUGGAUAACGUGUGAAAUGCUUGAUAAUGUACACUACCGGUCAAAUGUUUUAGAGCACCUACUCAUUCAAGGUUUUAUUCUACAUUGUAGAAUAAUAGUGAAGACAUCAAAAAUAUGUAAUACCACAUAUGGAAUCAUGUAGGGCGGCAGGUAGCUUAGUGGGUAAGAGCGUUGUGCCAGUAACCGAAAGGUCGCUGGUUCUAAUCCCCGAGCCGACUAGGUGAAAAAUCUGUCGAUGUGCCCUUGAGCAAGGCACUUAACCCUAAUUGCUUCUGUAAGUCGCUCUGGAUAAGAGCGUCUGCUAAAUGACUAAAACGUAAACGUAAAACGAUGUAGUAACCAAAAAAGUAUUAAACAAAUCAAAAUAUAGUUGAGAUUUGAGAUUCUUCAAAUAGCCACCCUUUGCCUUGAUGACAGCUUUGCACACUCUUGGCAUUCUCUCAACCAGCUUCAUGAGGUAGUCACCUGUAAUGCAUUUCAAUUAACAGGUGUGCCUUCUUAAAAGUUCAUUUGUGGAAUUUCUUUCCUUCUUAAUGUGUUUGAGCCAAUCAGUUGUGUUGUGACUAGGUAGGGGUACACAUAAUCCAUAUUAUGGCAAGAACAGCUCAAAUAAGCAAAGCGAAACAACAAACCAUCAUUACUUUAAGACGUGAAGGUCAGUCAAUACGGAAAAUGUAAAGGACUUUGAACGUUUCUUCAAGUGCAGUUGCAAAAACCAUCAAGCGCUAUCAUGAAACUGGCUCUCAUGAGGACCGCCACAGGAAUGGAAGACCCAGAGUUACCUCUGCUGCAGAGGAUAAGUUCAUUAGAGUUACCAGCCUCAGAAAUUGCACCCCAAAAAGAUGCUUCACAGAGUUCAAGUAACAGACACAUCUCAACAUCAACUGUUCAGAGGAGACUGUGUGAAUCAGGCCUUCAUGGUCGAAUUGCUGCAUAGAAAGCACUACCAAAGGACACCAAUAAGAAGAAGAGACUUGCUUGGGCCCAGAAUCACAAGCAAUGGACAUUAGACCGGUGGAAAUGUGUCCUUUGGUCUGGAGUCCAAAUUGGCGAUUUUUGGUUCCAACUGCUGUGGCUUUGUGAGAUGCUGUGUGGGUGAACAGAUGAUCUCCGCAUUUGUUGUUCCCACCUUAAAGCAUGGAGGAGGAGGUGUUAUGGUGUGGGGGUGCUUUGCUGGUGACACUGUCUGUGAUUUAUAUAGAAUUCAACGCACCCUUAACCAGCAUAGCUACCGAAGCAUUCUGCAGCGAUACGCCAUCCCAUCCGGUUUGGGCUUAGUGGGACUAUCAUUUAAUUUUCAACAAGACAAUGACCCAACACACCUCCAGGCUGUUAAGGGCUAUUUUACCAGGAAGGGGAGUGAUGGAGUGCUGCAUCAGAUGACCGUGCCAACACAAUCCCCUGAACUCAACCCAAUUGAGAUGGUUAGGGAUGCGUCGGACUGCAGAGUGAAGGAAAAGCAGCCAAAAAGUGCUCAGCAUAUGUGGGAACUCCUUCAAGACUGUUGGAAAAGCAUUCCGGGUGAAGCUGGUUGAGAGAAUGCCAAGAGUGUGCAAAGCUGUCAUCAAAGCAAUGGGUGACUAUUUGAAAAUGUUUUGAAUUGUUUAUCACUUUUUUGGUUACUACAUGAUUCCACAUGUGUUAUUUCAUAGUUUUGAUGUCUUCACUAUUAUUCUACAAUGUAGAAAAUAGUAAAAAAUAAAGAUAUGAGUAGGUGUGUCCAAACGUUUGACUGGUAGUGUAUGUGUUAUGUGUUUACAUCCCCUGCUAUAUUGUGGAUAAAGAGUCACCUGUCUAACAGAACACAGAGGGUGUUCUUUAAUGGAAGCCUAUCCAACAUGAUCCAGGUAGAAUCAGGAAUUCCCCAGGGCAGCUGUCAAGGCCCCUUACUUUUUUCAAUCUUUACUAACGACAUGCCAUUCACUUUGAGUAAAGCCAGUGUGUCUAUGUAUGCGGAUGACUCAACACUAUACACGUCAUCUACUACAGCGACUGAAAUGACUGCAACACUUAACAAAGAUCUGCAGUUAGUUUCAGAAUGGGUGGCAAUAAUUAAGUUAGUCCAAAAUAUUUCAAAAACUAAAAGCAUUGUAUUUGCGACAAAACAUUCACUAAACCCUAAACCUCAUCUAAAUUUUGUAAUGAAUAAUGUGGAAAUUGAGCAAGGUAAGGUGACUAAACUGCUUGGAGUAACCCUGGAUUGUAAACUGUCAUGUUCAAAACAUUUUGAUACAACAGUAGCUAAGAUGGUGAGAAGGCUGUCCAUAAUAAAGCGCUACUAUGCCUUCUAAACAGCACUAUCAACAAGGCAGGUCCUACAAGCCCUAGUCUUGUGGUACCUGACCACACAACUGAAAGAGGGAUUUAGGAAAUUUGCAAUUGGCUCAGAACAGGGUAGCACGGCUGGCCCUUUGAUUUACACAGAUAUCUAACAUUAAUAAUAUGCAGGUCAAUCUCUCCUGGCUCAAAAUGGAGGAGAGAUUGACUUCAUCACUACUUGUAUUUGUGAGAGGUACUGACAUGUUGAAUGCACGAGCUGUCUGUUUGAACUACUGGCACACAGCUCAGACACCCAUGCAUACCCCACAAUACAUGCCACCAGAGGUCUCUUCACAGUCCCCAAGUCCAGAACAGACUAUGGGAGGCUCACAGUACUACAUUGAGUCAUGACUACAUGGAACUCUAUUCCACAUCAAGUAACUGAUGCAAGCAGUAAAAUUAGAUUAAAAAAACAGAUAAAAAUGUGCCUUAUGGAAUAGAGGGGACUGUGAAGCAACACAAACAUAGGCACAGGCAGAUGCAUACAAACACACAAUAAUACACGCACUAUACACACACGGACACAUGGAUUUAGUGUUGUAGAUAUGUGGUAGUAGAGUAGGGACCUGAGGGCAGAAACUUCAUGUGUUGUGAAAUCUGUUGUGAAUGUAUUGUACUGUUUUUUAAAUUGUAUGAACUGCCUUAAUUUUGCUGGACCCCAGGAAGAGCAGCUCCUGCCUUGGCAGCAGCUAAUGUGGGAUCCAAAAUAAAUACAAAUACAAAUACAAAGCAUACUGUUAGCUAGCUAGUGAACUUUAGCUUGCUGGUUCGCUAGCUAAUGUUACAUGAAUGGUCUGUGUAGUAAUAUUAUGUGUUUCUCAGAAAUGUGCAUUGCUAGUUAUAGCCUAAUGUUAGCUAGCUAGCUAAAACUUAAAACUGUGGCUGGGGGGUGGUUAUAGCAUUUCUUUCACAUGACCCAUCAAUUUAGAGUGUCUGGGUUAGCAUAAUCUAAUAAUUAUAAAUAUAUAUAUAUAUAUAUAUAUAUAUAUAUAUAUAUAUAUAUAUAUAUAUAUAUAUGUAUAAUGUUUUUAUCUGGACACUUUCAAAGUCAGAUUAGGAUAUGGGCCAAGGACUAGAUAAAGUGUAUUUUUACCUGGAGUUUUUCCUUAUUGUAGGCUAGUACUUAAAGCACUUUUAGUCUUGAAAGCUUUGGUUGUUUACUACACUACCUUAGUCACUCUGUUUAGCACAUGGCCUCAUGUGAAUCCUUAAAGAGAUGGGUGGGGCUAAGUCUUAAGAGGGUGUGAACGAUGCUGAAUAGGUGUAAACAAAGAAGAGCUUUCCAGUGGGUGUACCAAAACAUUCAAGGGCCAUUUUCUAAAAAGUGUUAGGUUGAUCAACUUUCAAAGCAGAAUUACUUUCCCAUUGUUCCUCAGCUGGAGUGUAUGAUCUACAAUACCAUUUUGUAACUCUGUGUCUUUUUUAUCAAAUGUAAAAAACACAAUUUCUAAUUUUGCUACAUAAGACCAAAUUGAUGCGGUCGGUCACAUUUAUUUAGCUUUGCACAUUGUUUUCGUACCAAAAAAUUAUGACACUUCCUGAAUGUGAUGUCAUUUUUGGAAGGGGCUGUUUUUUUUAAGGGGAAUUACUACAAACUAACAGGGUGGAAAGUGAAAUCAGAAAAUCUUAAAUACAAUAAUAAAUAUAAUAAUCAUGAAAAAAAAGUUUUUUGUGAGAGAGAUUUUAAGUAGGAUUAUAAAACAACAAAGACAGAUUUGGAAUAUUGUAUUGUUUAAUGGCUUAUAUUUCUCAUAGAAAUGGAUGAAUAGCACUCGGGAUGUGGCAAAAACAUCAACAUCCACUAAAAACAAAAUGCAUAAAACUUCUCUUUGAGAUCCAUAACUUUGUGUUUUUAUGCUAAAGGUCACCUAACUUUAUAUUUAAAGCCCUUUGGAAUCCACAUUUUACACUAAAUAAGAGGUGAUAUUUCCUGGGGACAGAAAAGGCACUGCAUUGUAGGAAUGACCUAGCCAACUAAAUACGUUUCAUGACUGUGUUAAUUCAGUUGCUCCACUGAAAUUCCACAUACGUCAUUAAAGGUCCAAUGCAGGCGGUCUUUUCAAACAGCUCUUACACUAAAAUGACAUUAUUAUAAUUUGCACAAUUUCACAGUAUUAUACUAACUUCAUAGUUUGGAAAAAUAUAAAACAUAGGAAAAUCACUGUUUUGACUGCACUGGGCCUUUAAGACAAUUGAAGCAAGAACCUACAUUUUCUGAAGAAAAUGUACCUUUUCUAGUUCACCUCACCAUUACUUUAUGUUUGUGAUCCAGUUUCUCCCCAGAGGCUGGCGAACCUGAGCUGCGGGACUGAGGACCUGAGGACUGUUACCUGCACCUGGAACCCUGGUAGACCUGCUAACCUGUAUGAACCCUACAGACGCACACAUACCCUUCACAUCAAGUGAGUCCACACACACACACACAUGCACACGCACGUGCACGCAUGCGCACACACACACACACACACACACACACACACACACACACACACACAAACUCGUAUACAGUGGGGAAAAAAAGUAUUUAGUCAGCCACCAAUUGUGCAAGUUCUCCCACUUAAAAAGAUGAGAGAGGCCUGUAAUUUUCAUCAUAGGUACACGUCAACUAUGACAGACAAAAUGAGAAAAAAAUAUCCAGAAAAUCACAUUGUAGGAUUUUUAAUGAAUUUAUUUGCAAAUUAUGGUGGAAAUAAGUAUUUGGUCAAUAACAAAAGUUUCUCAAUACUUUGUUAUAUACCCUUUGUUGGCAAUGACACAGGUCAAACUUUUUCUGUAAGUCUUCACAAGGUUUUCACACACUGUUGCUGGUAUUUUGGCCCAUUCCUCCAUGCAGAUCUCCUCUAGAGCAGUGAUGUUUUGGGGCUGUCGCUGGGCAACACAGACUUUCAACUCCCUCCAAAGAUUUUCUAUGGGGUUGAGAUCUGGAGACUGGCUAGGCCACUCCAGGACCUUGAAAUGCUUCUUACGAAGCCACUCCUUCGUUGCCCGGGCGGUGUGUUUGGGAUCAUUGUCAUGCUGAAAGACCCAGCCACGUUUAAUCUUCAAUGCCCUUGCUGAUGGAAGGAGGUUUUCACUCAAAAUCGUGGCUGGUCCCUUUGCAGAAAAACAGCCCCAAAGCAUGAUGUUUCCACCCCAUGCUUCACAGUAGGUAUGGUGUUCUUUGGAUGCAACUCAGCAUUCUUUGUCCUCCAAACACGACGAGUUGAGUUUUUACCAAAAAGUUAUAUUUGGGUUUCAUCUGACCAUAUGACAUUCUCCCAAUCCUCUUCUGGAUCAUCCAAAUGCACUCUAGCAAACUUCAGACGGGCCUGGACAUGUACUGGCUUAAGCAGGGGGACACGUCUCGCACUGCAGGAUUUGAAUCCCUGGCGGCGUAGUGUGUUACUGAUGGUAGGCUUUGUUACUUUGGUCCCAGCUCUCUGCAGGUCAUUCACUAGGUCCCUCCGUGUAGUUCUGGGAUUUUUGCUCACCUUGUGAUCAUUUUGACCCCACGGGGUGAGAUCUUGCGUGGAGCCCCAGAUCGAGGGAGAUUAUCAGUGGUCUUGUAUGUCUUCCAUUUCCUAAUAAUUGCUCCCACAGUUGAUUUCUUCAAACCAAGCUGCUUACCUAUUGCAGAUUCAGUCUUCCCAGCCUGGUGCAGGUCUACAAUUUUGUUUCUGGUGUCCUUUGACAGCUCUUUGGUCUUGGCCAUAGUGGAGUUUGGAGUGUGACUGUUUGAGGUUGUGGACAGGUGUAUUUUAUACUGAUAACAAGUUCAAACAGGUGCCAUUAAUACAGGUAACGAGUGGAGGACAGAGGAGCCUCUUAAAGAAGAAGUUACAGGUCUGUGAGAGCCAGAAAUCUUGCUUGUUUGUAGGUGACCAAAUACUUAUUUUCCACCAUAAUUUGCAAAUAAAUUCAUUAAAAAUCCUACAAUGUGAUUUUCUGGAUAUCUUUUCCUCAGUUUGUCUUUCAUAGUUGACGCGUACCUAUGAUGAAAAUUACAGGCCUCUCUCAUCUUUUUAAGUGGGAGAACUUGCACAAUUGGUGGCUGACUAAAUACUUUUUCCCCCCACUGUAGCUCCUCCCACCAGCCUCUUCUGGUGUUCUUUCUCUCAACGGAUUAUUAGCACGUUGAGGCAUAAUGAUCAAACUGUGUCAGACACAUCUCUUACCUAUCCCUCCACUGUGUUUGUACAGGAAUUCUGGUGAGGAUCCUAUCAAGUGUGGUGAGUGGUCCUGCAGGUUCCAGGCUGUCCCAGGCUUAGAGCAGUACGAUGUCUCAGUGGUUGUCAGAAACCAGCUAGGAGAGGAGACACAAAGCUACAGCUUCAACAUCACUGACAGAGGUGAGGACAGGAAAUACUGAGAGAAAUGUCAUACAGCUCUUAUAUGAUAACACUGUCUAUGGCUAACAUUCAAUGAUUAACGUCAUUGAACACAGUAUCCUAUUGCUCCUAAUUUAUGUCCCUCUAAAUGCCCUGAAUGCCUCUGCUGAUCCUACAGCUAUUGUAUGCCGUAAUCAUGUGCCUAUGAACCAGAUUUACACUGUUAGCACUGAGCCGGUGUGCCCUAGGAGGAAGUCCACUGUGUGCAGCUCACCCUGCACUAACAUAAAUUACAUGAGCACACAAGCUUCCCAGUAAAGCAAUAUAAACAAGUAAGCAUUCCAGAAGAAAAGUGCUCAAAAUAGCCAACGUUAACGUACAGUGGCUUAUGAAAGUAUUCACCCCCCUUGGCAUUUUUCCUAUUUUGUUGCCUUACAACCUAGAAUUAAAAUUGAUUUUGGGGGGGUUUGUAUCAUUUGAUUUACACAACAUGCCUACCACUUUGAAGAUGCAAAAUAAUUUUUAUUGUGAAACAAACAAGAAAUAAGACAAAAAACGGAAAACUUGAGCGUGCAUAACUACUCACCCCCUCAAAGGCAAUACUUUGAGAGCCACCUUUUGCAGCAAUUACAGCUGCAAGUCUCUUGGCAAAUCUGCUCCAGCUCCUUCAAGUUGGAUGGGUUCCGCUGGUGUACAGCAAUCUUUAAGUCAUACCACAGAUUCUCAAUUGGAUUGAGGUCUGGGCUUUGACUAGGCCAUUCCAAGACAUUUAAAUGUUUCCCCUUAAACCACUCAAGUGUUGCUUUAGCAGUAUGCUUAGGGUCAUUGUCCUGCUGGAAGGUGAACCUCCGUCCCAGUCUCAAAUCUCUGGAAGACUGAAACAGGUUUCCCUCAAGAAUUUCCCUGUAUUUAGCACCAUCCAUCUAUUCUGACCAAUUUCUCAGUCCUUGCCAAUGAAAAACAUCCCCACAGCAUGAUGCUGCCACCACCAUGCUUCACUGUGGGGAUGGUGUUCUCUGGGUGAUGAGAGGUGUUGGGUUUGCGCCAGACAUAGCGUUUUCCUUGAUGGCCAAAAAGCUCAGAGUACCUUCUUCCAUAUGUUUGGGGAGUCUCCCACAUGCCUUUUGGCGAACACCAAACGUGUUUGCUUAUUUAUUUUUUUAAAGCAUUGGCUUUUUUUCUGGUCACUCUUCCGUAAAGCCGAGCUCUGUGGAGUGUAUGGCUUAAAGUGGUCCUAUGGACAGAUACUCCAAUCUCCGCUGUGGAGCUUUGCAGCUCCUUCAGGUUAUCUUUGGUCUUUUUGUUGCAUCUCUGAUUAAUGCCCUCCUUGCCUGGUCCGUGAGUUUUGGUGGGCGGCCCUCUCUUGGCAGGUUUGUUGUGGUGCCAUAUUCUUUCCAUGUUUUAAUAAUGGAUUUAAUGGUUCUCCGUGGGAUGUUCAAAUUUUCGGAUAUUUUUUUUUAUAACCCAACCCUGAUCUGUACUUCUCCACAACUUUGUCCCUGACCUGUUUGGAGAGCUCCUUGGUCUUCAUGGUGCCGCUUGCUUGGUGGUGCCCCUUGCUUAGUGGUCUAAGGCACUGCAUCGCAGUGCUAUCUGUGCCACUAGAGAUCCUGGUUCGAGUCCAGGCUCUGUCGCAGCCGGCCGCGACCGGGAGACCCAUGGGCGGCGCACAAUUGGUGCAGCGUCGUCCAAGGUAGGGGAGGGUUUGGCCGGCAGGGAUGUGGGUUCGUUUCCCACGGGGGGCCAGUAUGAAAAAAUAAAAAGACAUGUAUGCAUUCACUAACUGUAAGUUGCUCUGGAUAAGAGUGUCUGCUAAAUGACUAAAAUGUAAAUGUGUUGCAGACUCUGGGGCCUUUCAGAACAGGUGUAUAUAUACUGAGUGUAUAUAUAUCAUGUGACACUUAGAUUGCACACAGGUUAUCAGUCAACCUACCAGGGUAGUUACAAACAGCAUUGGAAUGAAAUCAUCAACAUGUAUUGAUCACAUCUUUACUAAUGCUGCAGAAAUUUGCUUGAAAGCAGUAUCCAGAUCCAUCGGAUGUAGUGAUCACAAUAUAGUAGCCAUAUCUAGGAAAACCAAAGUCCCAAAGGUGUAUAAGAGGUCGUACAAGAAGUUCUGUAGUGAUUCCUAUGUUGUUGAUGUGAAGAAUAUUUGUUGGUCUGUGGUGUGUAAUGAUGAGCAACCAGAUGCUGCACUUGACACAUUUAUGAAAUUGCUUAUCCCAGUUACUGAUAAGCAUGCACCCAUUAAGAAAAUGACUGUAAAAACGGAUAAAUCCCUGUGGAUUGAUGAGGAAUUGAACAAUUGUAUGGUUGAGAAGGAUGAGGCAAAAGAGAUGGCAAAUAGGUCUGGCUGUAUAACCGAUUGGCAAACAUACUGCAAAUUGAGAAAUCAUGUGACUAAACUGAAUAAAAAGAAGAAGGAACUGCAUUAUGAAACAAAGAUAAAUUACAUAAAGAAUGAUAGUAAAAAACUUUGGAGCACCUUAAAUGAAACGGUCAUUCAUCACAAAACCAACAGAUAUUGCCAACUACUUUAAUUAUUUUUUCAUUGGCAAGAUUAGCAAAUUUAGGCAUGACAUACCAGCAACAAAUGCUGACACUACACAUCCAAGUAUAUCUGACCAAAUUAAGAAAGACAAGCAUUGUAAUUUUGAAUUCUGUAAAGUGAGUGUGGAAGAGGUGAAACAAUUAUUGUUGUCUAUUAACAAUGACAAGCCACCUGGGUCUGGCAACUUGGAUGGACAAUUACUGAGGAUAAUAUCAGACGAUAUUGCCACUCCUAUUUUCCAUAUUUUCAAUUUAAAUCAAAUCAAAUUUUAUUGGUCACAUGCGCCGAAUACAACAGGUGCAGACAUCACAGUGAAAUGCUUACUUACAGCCCUUAACCAACAGUGCAUUUAUUUUUAACAAAAAAGUAAAAAUAAAACAACAACAAAAAAAGUGUUGAGAAAAAAAAGAGCAGAAGUAAAAUAAAAUAACAGUAGGGAGGCUAUAUAUACAGGGGGGUACCGUUGCAGAGUCAAUGUGCGGGGGCACCGGCUAGUUGAGGUAAUAUGUACAUGUGGGUAGAGUUAAAGUGACUAUGCAUAAAUAAUUAACAGAGUAGCAGCAGCGUAAAAAGGAUGGGGUGGGGGGGCAGUGCAAAUAGUCCGGGUAGCCAUGAUUAGCUGUUCAGGAGGGAAGCAAAAGUCAUUCCACUAUCUAAGAAUAGUAAAGCCCCCUUUACUGGCUCAAACAGAUUUUGUAUGUUUGCCCACUGACAAAGAAAUGAUCAGUCUAUGAUUUUAAUGGUCUGUUUUAAUGAACAGUGAGAGACAGAAUAACAACAACAAAAUCCAGAAAAACGCAUGUCAAAAAUGUUAUAAAUUGAUUUGCAUUAUAAUGAGGGAAAUAAGUAUUUGACCCCCUCUCAAUCAGAAAGAUUUCUGGCUCCCAGUUGUCUUUUAUACAGGUAACGAGCUGAGAUUAGGAGCACCUAAUCUCAGUUUGUUACCUGUAUAAAAGACACCUGUCCACAGAAGCAAUCAAUCAAUCCGAUUCCAAACUCACCACCAUGGCCAAGACCAAAGAGCUCUCCAAGGAUGUCAGGGACAAGAUUGUAGACCUACACAAGGCUGGAAUGGGCUACAAGACCAUCACCAAGCAGCUUGGUGAGAAGGUGACAACAGUUGGUGUGAUUAUUCGCAAAUGCAAGAAACACAAAAAACUGUCAAUCUCCCUCGGCCUGGGGCUCCAUGCAAGAUCUCACCUCGUGGAGUUGCAAUGAUCAUGAGAACGGUGAGGAAUCAGCCCAGAACUACACGGGAGGAUCUUGUCAAUGAUCUCAAGGCAGCUGGGACCAUAGUCACCAAGAAAACAAUUGGUAACACACUACGCCGUGAAGGACUGAAAUCAUGCAGCACCCGCAAGGUCCCCCUGCUCAAGAAAGCACAUAUACAGGAGAUUCAGAGGAGAACUGGGUGAAAGUGUUGUGGUCAGAUGAGACCAAAAUCGAGUUCUUUGGCAUCAACUCAACUCGCCGUGUUUGGAGGAGGAGGAAUGCUGCCUAUGACCCCAAGAACACCAUCCCCGCCAUCAAACAUGGAGGUGGAAACAUUAUGCUUUGGGGGUGUUUUUCUGCUAAGGGGACAGGACAACUUCACCGCAUCAAAGGGACGAUGGACGGGGCCAUGUACCAUCAAAUCUUGGGUGAGAACCUCCUUCCCUCAGCCAGGGCAUUGAAAAUGGGUCGUGGAUGGGUAUUCCAGCAUGACAAUGACCCAAAACACAUGGCCAAGGCAACAAAGGAGUGGCUCAAGAAGAAGCACAUUAAGGUCCUGGAGUGGCCUAGCCAUUCUCCAGACCUUAAUCCCAUAGAAAAUCUGUGGAGGGAGCUGAAGGUUCGAGUUGCCAAACGUCAGCCUCGAAACCUUAAUGACUUGGAGAAGAUCUGCAAAGAGGAGUGGGACAAAAUCCCUCCUGAGAUGUGUGCAAACCUGGUGGCCAACUACAAGAAACGUCUGACCUCUGUGAUUACCAACAAGGGUUUUGCCACCAAGUACUAAGUCAUGUUUUGCAGAGGGGUCAAAUACUUAUUUCCCUCAUUAAAAUGCAAAUCAAUGUAUAACAUUUUUUACAUGCGUUUUUCUGGAUUUUUUUGUUGUUAUUCUGUCUCUCACUGUUCAAAUAAACCUACCAUUAAAAUUAUAGACUGAUCAUGUCUUUCUCUGUGGGCAAACGUACAAAAUCAGCAGGGGAUCAAAUACUAUUUUCCUUCACUGUAGUUUCAGAGUGGGUGGCAAGGAAUAAGUUAGUCCUAAAUAUUUCAAAAACUAAAAGCAUUGUAUUUGGGACAAAUCAUUCACUAAACCCUAAACCUCAACUAAAUCCUGUAAUAAAUAAUGUGGAAUUUGAGCAAGUUGAGGUGACUAAACUGCUUGGAAUAUCCCUGGAUUGUAAACUGUCAUGGUCAAAACAUAUUGAUACAACAGUAGCUAAUAUGGGGAGAAGUCUGUCCAUAAUAAAGUGCUGCUCUACCUUCUUAACAGCACUAUCAACAAGGCAUGUCCUACAGGCCCUAGUUUUGUCGUACCUGGGCUACUGUUCAAUCGUGUGGUCAGGUGCCACAAAAAAGGACAGGAAAAUUGCAAUUGGCUCAGAACAGGGCAGCACAGCUGGCCCUGGAUGUACACAGAGAGCUAACAUUAAUCAUAUGCAUGUCAAUCUCUCCUGGCUCAAAGUGGAGGAGAGAUUGACUUCAUCACUACUUGUAUUUGUGAGAGGUAUUGACAUGUUGAAUGCACCGAGCUGUCUCUUUGAACUACUGGCGCACAGCUCGGACACACAUGCAUACGCCACAAGACAUGCCACCAGAGGUCUCUUCACGGUCCCCAAGUCCAGAACAGACUAUGGGAGGCGCACAGUACUAGAUAGAGCCAUGACUACAAGGAACUCUAUUCCACACCAAGUAACUGAUGCAAGCAGUAAAAUUAGAUUUAAAAAACAGAUAGAAAAAACACCUUAUGGAACAGCGGGGACUGUGAAGCAACACAAACACAGGCACAGACACAUGCAUAAACACCCAUGAUAACAUACGCACUAUACACACACUUAUACAUGGAUUUUGUACUGUAGAUAUGUGGUAGUGGUGGAGUAGGGGCCUGAGGGCACACAGUGUGUUGUGAAAUCUGUGAAUGUAUUGUAAUGUUUUUAAAAUUGUAUAAACUGCCUUAAUUUUGCUGGACCCCAGGAAGAGUAGCUGUGGCCUUGGCAUUAGCUAAUGGAGAUCCAUAAUAAAUACAAAUACCACCUUUAGUGUAACACAUUUUUGAUCAACAGUGGUAUCUAGAUCAUAAGAUUUAUUGUAUUUGCAUGCUGUGUGUGUGCAGUGUUCCCAGUCCCAGAGGGAGUGAGAGUGAGUCCAGGGGUGACUGAAGCCAACGUGUCCUGGGUUGUGAGGGGGAACCUGUCUGGGGUGGAGCUCUUAUGCCAGGUCACAGCAGACCCAGUAGAGCCUAGGAGACAGACACGCCAGGCUGAAGCAGCAGACCUACAGAGCACAUCCAUGGUGAGGAAAACUCAGUCAUUGACAGGUGACAAAAUUAAAUUAUCAAUAUAGCUCACACUAGCUCAUCAGCUUUGACAGAAUGGUCUCUUGUCCAUUCUGACAUGUUUUUAGUGGCUAUACUUCAAAUGUGUGAUUUUUUGUCUAGACUGAUAGAACUACACCCCACUACCACUGAUGGAUCAGGGGUGUACUCACAAGGAAGCAAACGGAAGCAAACGGGACAAAAUGGGGAAGGACCUACCUGAAUUUGUCCAAUAGAAACUCUUUGUUGCGCACCGUUUUUGAUUGCAAAAUGUUUUGCUACAGUUUGCAUUAAUGAAUACACAUCAGGUGUUCCAAUGGGGUCUGAUGUAAACCCAGUGACAUUCUGUCUUGUCUUGUGGCUGUGUUAGCAUCAGUUGUGCAAUGGUGGCUCGGAUGACCGUUGUGAUGUCAGCCUGGAGCAGCUCUCGCCCAACACCCGUUAUGCCACCAGGGUUCGUUGUGCUGUGAAUGUGAACCUAGAGGGAGAGUGGACACAACCCACGCUCUUCACUACCUGUGAGUCCUAUCAUAGUGGAGUGGUGAAGUUACUGCUUUUUGAAGGUUUAUUGAUGGGUUGUUGAACCCUCUUCCUGCUUCUUUGUGCAGACCCCCUGGUGAGGCUGGAUGUGUGGAGGAGGGUCAGAUUGCUGUCCCAUGGCCAGCGCAACGUCACUCUGCUCUGGACCCCGGUAAGGCCUGACUGCUGGAUGAGAUGAAGGAGAGGAGACGAGGAGAGAAAGCCAGUUCAGAUUAUUGGUUUAUUGAGUGUUGAACCUGGUCUUACAUUGUGUGAUCAAAUCUCAGCAGGCAUUUGUUUUGUCCAGCACAUGAACAACUCUCUCUUUCUCCUCAGCAAUUCAGUGGCUCGGCGUCUAGUGUAAAAAUCCAGGGCUACAAGGUACGCUGGAGGCAGGAGGGACACCAGUGGCUCCUGUGGAGGGAUAGAGAGCAGACACAGACAGAUAUCUCCAUUGGCCCAGGGCAGUGUGACAUGAUCAUCCAGGCUGUUAUUCAGCCUGGCUCCUCCCCCCUAGCCCACAUCACCAUACCUCCGGUGGAGAGAAUAGGUCAGUUAUCAACUCCUGUGGCAAUAGAGGGCUUGCAGUUGCGUCACAAAUCACCUAGCAACCACACCAGGCGCCAUGUUAGAUGACCAGAGUCAAUCUAGUGGAAGUCCUGCAAUCGUCCACAUGGCUGGUUGCGUUUUGCUAGCAGCGGAAACUUCAGGAAGAUUGCCCUUUAUUUCAUCUUUCUAAGGACCCAGAAAACAGAUGCAGUGGGAGAACCUAUUCAAGUAAGUAAAUACACUGCUCAAAAAAAUAAAAGGAACACUAAAAUAACGCAUCCUAGAUCUGAAUGAAUGAAAUAAUCUUUGUAAAUACUUUUUUCUUUACAAAGUUGAAUGUGCUGACAACAAAAUCACACAAGAAUUAUCAAUGGAAAUCAAAUGUAUCAACCCAUGGAGGUCUGGAUUUGGAGUCACCCUCAAAAUUAAAGUGGAAAACCACACUACAGGCUGAUCCAACUUUGAUGUAAUGUCCUUAAAACAAGUCAAAAUUAGGCUCAGUAGUGUGUGUGGCCUCCACGUGCCUGUAUGACCUGCCUACAACGCCUGGGCAUGCUCCUGAUGAGGUGGCGGAUGGUCUCCUGAGGGAUCUCCUCCCAGAACUGGACUAAAGCAUCCGCCAACUCCUGGACAGUCUGUGGUGCAACGUGGCGUUGGUGGAUGGAGCGAGACAUGAUGUCCCAGAUGUGCUCAAUUGGAUUCAGGUCUGGGGAACGGGCGGGCCAGUCCAUAGCAUCAAUGCCUUCCUCUUGCAGGAACUACUGACACACUCCAGCCACAUGAGGUCUAGCAUUGUCUUGCAUUAGGAGGAACCCAGGGCAAACCGCACCAGCAUAUGGUCUCACAAGGGGUCUGAGGAUCUCAUCUCGGUACAUAAUGGCAGUCAGGCUACCUCUGGCGAGCACAUGGAGGGCUGUGCGGCCCCCCAAAGAAAUGCCACCCCACACCAUGACUGACCCACCGCCAAACCGGUCAUGCAGGAGGAUGUUGCAGGCAGCAGAACGUUCUCUACGGCGUCUCCAGACUCUGUCACGUCUGUCACAUAUGCUCAGUGUGAACCUGCUUUCAUCUGUGAAGAGCACAGGGCGCCAGUGGCAAAUUCCAAACGUCCUGCACGGUAUUGGGCUGUAAGCACAACCCCCACCUCUGGACGUUGGGCCCUCAUACCACCCUCAUGGAGUCUGUUUCUGACCGUUUGAGCAGACACAUGCACAUUUGUGGCCUGCUGGAGGUCAUUUUGCAGGGCUCUGGCAGUGCUCCUCCUGCUCCUCCUUGCACAAAGGCGGAGGUAGCAGUCCUGCUGCUGGGUUGUUGCCCUCCUACGGCCUCCUCCACGUCUCCUGAUGUACUGGCCUGUCUCCUGGUAGCGCCUCCAUGCUCUGGACACUACGCUGACAGACACAGCAAACCUUCUUGCCACAGCUCGCAUUGAUGUGCCAUCCUGGAUGAGCUGCACUACCUGAGCCACUUGUGUGGGUUGUAGACUCCGUCUCAUGCUACCACUAGAGUGAAAGCACCGCCAGCAUUCAAAAGUGACCAAAACAUCAGCCAGGAAGCAUAGGAACUGAGAAGUGGUCUGUGGUCACCACCUGCAAAACCAGUCCUUUAUUGGGGGUGUCUUGCUAAUUGCCUAUAAUUUCCACCUGUUGUCUAUUCCAUUUGCACAACAGCAUGUGACAUUUAUUGUCAAUCAGUGUUGCUUCCUAAGUGGACAGUUUAUUUCACAGAAGUGUGAUUGACUUGGAGUUACAUUGUGUUGUUUAAGUGUUCCCUUUAUUUUUUUGAGCAGUGUAUAUAUUUUUUAUUAUAAAAAAAAAUAUAUGUAUUAAAGCUAGCUACAGGAACUUAUUGUGCAGGCUAACUAAAAUGAGCUGCUAGCUUUACAUACGGUAUAGCUAGCUAAGUGAAUUAAACAUCACCAUCUAACAAUGAGCUAACUUCAUAUUAGCCAAUUAGCUAUCUUUUGAUGUAUUUAUCAUUGUAAUUUAAAAACUCAAACUCAAAAUGCAUUUGUAGCUAGGUAGCUAGCUAGCUAAGAGCCAUGGGGUAGGGUGAAAGGAUUAGCUAGCAGUUCCAGCUGUCAAAUAAGGGAGAGAGUAGGCUACUCUGGAUAGGGGAGGUACCUUUGUGGGAGGACAUUAUGAAACAAUUCUCCAGUUCAAGUCCCUAGUGAUAAACAUGGUCAUAACCAUGUCAUAAUAUGUCAUAACAGCUGACAUAACUUGUCAUAACCUGUCAUAAUAUGGUCAUAACACUGUCAUGUGACAUAUAUUGCGUUAUUUUAUGGCUGGUUAUGACACCUACAUGAGAAUGUCAAAACCAACAAAAACUCCCACGGUAAUAAUUUUAUGGCUGGUUAUGACACCUACAUAAGUGUCAAAAAAAAAAAACACUUUCAAGCUAAGGGAAACUUCUUGGCAGGGAAAAAAACUACAUUUGAAUAAAUGUGGGUUUUGAAACUCUUACAGUAUGUAGGUGUCAUAACCAGCCAUAAAAUAACGCAAUAUAUGUCACAACAGGUGUAAACAUAUGGGCCAUGACAGUGUUAUGACCAUAUUAUGAAAGAUAAUGACAAGAUAUGUCAGCUGUUAUGACAUAUUAUGACAUGGUUAUGACCGUGUCAUAACGUGUUAUGACGCUGGGUGUCAAGUAAAGUGUUACCCUUCUUUUUGUUCACUUAAAAUUAUGCUUUAGUAAUAAUAGCCUACUUGUUACUAAGAUGUCUAACUUUACAUAUGAGUUAGAAUACUUGUACACUUUGAAAUUAUAUGAGUGUUGAUUCUUUGAAGGGAAGUGUUUAAACUUGUUUUAAUUGUUACCUUAAAACUAUUAAAGAUGAACUAGUGUCAAUGUUGAUUAAUUACAGAUCACAAUCCUGCAGUAAAGAGGGGAAGGGAAUCUCAUGAAUUUCUCUGUGUUUCUGUGUUGUAUUCUCAAAUGAACAUGACCUACCUUUUUGUUCAGUUGUAAGCUCUCCAAUUAGUUUUAUUUGAUUGUCAAUCUUUUUUCAGGAUAUCAGCCAUGUGAACCCAUUUUGCAGCUGAUGAUAAUGGCGUGCAACAACAAUGCAGCCAUAAGCCUACAGCAGUGGUUCCUAACUCUAGGCCUCGAGUACCCCCAACAGCACACAUUUUGGUUGUAGCCCCGGACAAACAUACCUGAUUCAACUCAUUGAGGGCCUGAUGAUUAGUUGACAAGUUGAAUCAGGUGUUUUUGUCCAGGGCUACAAUACAAAUGUGUACUGCCGGGGGUACUCAAGGACCGUAGUUGGGAACCACUGGCCUACAAUAUGAUGGCAUUAGCCUUAUGGGCAUUUGCAAUGCACCCCUUGACAUUGCGCUUCUGAAACAGAAUAGCUGAAUUUAUACAUUGUUUAUAUAUUGUUGAGAUACAUGUAUAUCUUCUCAAUUUAAAAAUGAUACCAGUAGACAACGUAUGAGGCUAAUCAUUAUACUAGAUGUUGUACAUGCCUUGAGCUGACAUGAAAUUGUUUAGUGCAAAUCCAACCCUUGUAAUCUAGGUAGUGAAAUGUCUGGAAGCAGGAGAUGAUGGGAUCAUUUGCUUAAAACAUAUACACAACUACUUCUAUCAAGUUCAAUGCCAGAUUCUUUUUUCUCCCAAAAGGUCUGAGUGGCACUUGGAGGUACCACUGUGAUAAUGAAGAUGGCUUGCCUAAGACUACCACAACAAUUCAAUUGUCUAAAUGUGUAUAAAUUGAAAAAGAAAGAGAGAAUAGUUAGGCUAUAAAAAAAUACAUUUUAUUCAAUGGCGCAAGGCACCCAUACAACAAUAUAGCCUAUUGUUAAAGUACAGUAUGUUUAUAAUUUUCAUAAACAAUAGUAUUUUACAUGUUGUUCCAAAUUACAUUUUAUAUAUUCAUAUGGUUUAAGGGGUCGCUUUUGUUAAUAAUAAUAAUAAUAUGCCAUUUAGCAGACGCUUUUAUCCAAAGCGACUUACAGUCGCGCGUGCAUACAUGUUUAUAUUAUUAUUAUUAUUAUAUCUUCACAGUGGGAAUCCAGUUGACAUGGGUGUCUAGAUAGAGGUCAGCUGGUGAACCUACAGUACAUAAAGAAAUGAAAAGCACACAUGAUGUUAGAAUAGCACUUCUUCAGGUCAACUAUACCAUCAGGGCUCUUGAUUAUUUGGUUGUGUUUAAUUCAUUCAGGUGUUUUAGUGUCAUAUAAAGAUUAAAUAUAUUGUUUGGCCGGAACAACCAAUAGUCAACACAGCAGGUUGUCCUAUCCCAUUGAGGCAUUUGUUCUAUGCUGUGACAUUUCAGCUGUCAGGGUUCAGGUCUUGACAGGCAAAAAGGUUUCUUCGCUUUUCUGACAGUUCUUGAGUCUUAUCUCCUCUGUGUACAUUUUUUUUCUUCUGUUGUCUUUCCUGCCUUGUUAGAACCGUCAAAUACUGCACAGAAAAUGACCGCGGUGAUGAAUCAACAAAUUCUAGGCGCUGUUACCAUGCAGUUUGGGGUAGCCACUCAGCUGUUGUUGUCGGAGUAAUUAAUGCGAUGGUCUUCCAACAUGGCCGCCAGGAGGAUUCGUACGUCAACUGCAAGCCCUCUAUACCUGCCUGCUUUGUGCCAACACCAGUACCAAAACGUCCGUACCAACGUAUUUUCCAAUUCUUGUGCUGAAACCUGUUCUGAUACCUGAGCCAACUUUCUUGUCUUACUUCUGUUACAGUUGUACACAGGUUGCUCUUCUUUGGGCCUACAGCAGUUCUGUAAGUGAGACUAUCUCUAGCUCUCUUAUUGUCUUUCGUCCAGAGUCUCCUCGGAGUGUCACGCGUGUGAGUGGCAGUGCCAGCGGAGGGUUCCACCUCAUCUGGGAAGAGCAGGAAGCUGUCACUUGUGGGUACACUGUGGAGUGGUGCACAGUGGGAAGCGGAGUUCCCUGCAUUCUGCAAUGGAGGAGGGUGCCAGUGGGAAACACGUCAGUGUCCCUACCAGCAGGUAUCACACAACAGGUUUUCACACACCACCAUUUCCCUUGUUGGUAACAUUUUACACGAAGUUGCUGUCUAGUAAUGCUGUAAUUACAGUAGUAACAAGGAAAAAGGAAACCGUCCAAAUUCUGUUUCAAUUUAAAGCCUACCCUGCACUACUUUUUAGUUACGAUAUGUCUAUUUUGCAGGAGAUUUUAAAGCGGGCCAUAGGUACACCUUUGAUAUAUAUGGCUGCACUGACGAAGGAGACAAACUACUGGGGAUCCGCACUGGCUACUCCCAAGAACUCAGUGAGUGGGUUACGCUGUGAUUAUGUGGUGUGAUAAAUAAGGUUGUGGAAGUUGUAGGGGGUGUCUCUCUCUCUCUCUCCCGUUCAACCCCUUCCCCUCUCUUUCUCUCUUCCUCCUUUCUCUCAACCUACAGAGCCUGUCCAGUAUCCCAGGCUGGUUGAGCCUGUUAGAAGAACUUCCUCUUCUGUGACACUGGAGUGGCGUUACCAUGAGGACGACCACUCUCACCCAGGGUUCAUCACUGGUUACUUGGUAACCGUGUACGAGGCCUGGUCCCAGAGGUCACCAGGUCAUGUGCCAAGUGGGUAUCAUCAAUGUCAUGGGUAACAAGCAAUUCAAUUUAAGAGAAGUCAUGAGAAGAUUUGUUCCUCUGACACACUGUAUUUCCUGUUUCUAGGUCCUUUUACCAAGAUGGUGGCGGACCCCCACAAUAAGUCUGUAACCAUAGCAGGACUGCAGGAGCACCAGAAGUACACCUUCCAUCUGUGUGCACUCACUAAUGCUGGACCAGGCCCGCAAACUACCAUAACUGUCAGGACCCAGACAACCCGUGAGUCCAACUCUGGCUGGAGCAUUCUAGGGGAAGGGGCAGACUGGGUCAUACUGAAAUUACCUUAUUAAAACCUCUUAAAUGUUAAGUCCCCUAUUUAGGGGACUUUGAGCGGUUCUGGACUGGUUCCGACCGACAUUUCUGUGUACAGAACGCUCUGUUAAACGGCGCAGCAUCAACUGUUGUGCACACCAUGAAAGUUCUGGUUGUCCCGCUUCACAUGCCGCUCUCAGCUCUCAUCUGAGAUGCAGUUGGUGAAAUAUGACACCUCAUUUGCAUAGGGAGUGAAAAGUCCAAUUUUCUGGCCUAUCCAGACAAAGGAUCGAUUUCCUCUGGCUGUGAACUGCGCAGCUCAGCAUACGAUAGGCAUAUGAACAGGGAGACCCUAGCGAUUGCAGCAAAGGCAGUCUCAUCUCGCUGUGAUGUUCUCAGAUGGAUUUAGAGUUCUCAACAUGAAAAAAAUACAAAAUCAUUUCAUGGAAUUGAAACAAGACCACAUUCUCUUGGUCACAGAGGGAUGAACUCACUGUGCUUAAAGCUGAAGUCAGCAGGCAUUUGAAUGUCGUCUCUGCGUCACUCAGAGGAUGCUGGGCAGAAAAUGCUCUGUCAUCAGUUAUAUUAAAUGGUGCCAAUUUUGUACUUUCAAUAAGUAUGAUCAUAUUUAUUUGACAGUUAUAAGAAAGGUGAAAUAUUAUAAUAAGUCAUUUAUAACUUGAUUGUUACUAUAUUUAGAAUUUCAAUCAUUUCAUGCCCUAUUCCCCCAAUUUCGUUGAAUAGGAAAAAAAAUCAUACUGUGUACUUUGUGUCCUCAAAAGUGACUGCAUGUCAGCAAUGUAUAAAUAUUUUUUACCAGAAAGGUGAGAUUUUGAUCUUUCUGGCAGUACAGUAGUUACUAGGUAUUGUUUAUGGCUCUCUCAUGAUAAACAAUAACUUUUGGGUAUGUCUAUUUAGGUGGGAUUCUACUUUUUGACAUUACAUUUAACCUGUGAAAUAAAGCCUCAUUUCCCGUAGACACUCAAUUAUGUGGGGUGUUGCUCACUCUUUUUAAAUCUGAAAGCACAUUUGUAUUUUGGAUCAUGACAUUCUGAGCCCAGUAGUAAUGAACUGGUGUAACAGUAUGUGCUGCUGUGUCCUGUGACAGCCUCUAUUCUCCUGGCUAAGAUCUUAACUCCUCUCCUGCUGCUGUUGGGGCUCGCCAUCCUCCUGUGUCUAUUCUGGAAAAUGUGAGACACUUUAAACACUAUCCAUUCAACAUAAUCAUGCAGAAUUCAUUUUUCAAGAUUAGCAUUGGUCCUAUGGCAUCCUUAACAGUCAAUGUGUAAUGUGAACCCUGUCUAACCUCCUCUGUGGCUAUCCUCCAGGCUGAGGAGUUGUAUAGUGGAGGUGUUUGGGUACCCGGCUGGGAUGAACAUCAAACCCAUUGAACUGGACCACCACCUAUAUGAGGUACAGUGCAGUUCUAUACAGGCUUUCAUAUGUCUCAUGUCUCGUGUGUCUGAAGUUGAUGAGUACUGCCUCUUUGUCCGACGUGUUUUCUCUCAUUUGGAUUUACCUUAAACAGAUGACAAUAAACAGAUGUACAGCAUGUUAUAGUCAUAAUUAUUGUUUUGCAAUCUGAUAAAAUGACUGUGCAACUUCUUGCCUGAUUCCAUUCAUCCUCUAUUCUGUCCAUACCAUCUACAGACCAGUGAGAGGCUGCGGUGUCUCAAGGUGGGGGACUGUGUCUGCAGUGACAUCGAGAUCCUGAGUGUCAGGCCAACCAUGUCAGAGAGGACGCCUCUCAUUCACCCCAAACUCCCCCACCUUUCUUUGUCUUCUUCCUCUUUCACCACCAUUCCCUCCUCUUCAUCCUGCCCUGUGCACCCUUCCUCCUCUUCAUUCAUGUCUUCCUCCUUGACCACCCUCUCACCUUCCUGCCCAUCCCCUUCUACUCAACACCUGCACCAAAAAGGGUACUGUCCACAGUCACCCACAGAAGUCUGGGAUAGCUCAGUAUGGACAAGCCUCACAAAUAUAAGUUAUGUUCCCUCUAUGGGAGCGGCGCAGUCCAUUGAGAUGAAACCAAUCAGAGUCACAGACAGCAGUGACAUCUCCAGCUCACCAAUCAAGCUCUCCAAUCUCAUCACCAGUGAGCCUUCUGAGGGGCCGCAGUUACAAUCAGGGGCAUUAUUGGAGAAUAUUGAUGGAUACAUCACCACUGACUCCUUAGUUAAGUCAAUGACUGUAUAUAUGAAUGGACAAAGCCAUUGAUCACGUUACACCAUUCAUUCCUAUUUGAAGACUUAAUAGCGCACUGAAGCCAAAUUAAGUCGGUCAUGGAGACAUAACAUGCUUAGUUUGAACUACUCCAGGAAGUGACGUUGCAGGCUAGCUCAGUGCUGCACCCUCUCAUUGAGUAACUUAAGUUGAAGGCCUGCUGGCUGCCGUUAGCAACUAAAUGAUCCUUAUAAAUCAAAUCAAAUUGUAUUUGUCACAUGCUUACUUACGAACCCUUUACCAACAAUUCAGAGAUAAAAAGUAAGAAAGAAAAUGCAAAGAAAAAAGAAAAAAAAGGAAAUAGUAACACAAUAAAAUAACAAUAACGAGGAUAUGUACAAGGAGUACCGAUACCGAGUCAAUGUGCAGGGGUAUGAGGUAGUUGAGGUAAUUUAGAUAAUAUGUACAUGUAGGUAGGGAUAAAAGUGACUAGGCAAUAAGGAUAGAUAAUAAACAGCAUAGCAGCAGCGUUUGUGAAGAGUGUGAAGUGUGUCUAGGUGUGAGUGUGUGUUUGUGUGGCGUCAAUAGGUAUGUGUGUGAGUAUUUUGUGUGUGUGAGCGCAUGUAGUGUGUGUGUGUGUCUAUGUGUGUCUUGGAGUGUCAGUGUAUUAUGUGUGAGUGAGUAUAGAGCCAAUGUAAGUGCUAAAUAAAGGUGGGGGGGGUUAAUGCAAAUAGUCUGGGUAGCCAUUUGAUUAGCAGUCUUAUGGCUUGGGGGUAAAAGCAGUUCAGGAGCCUUUUGGUCCCCGAGUUGGCGCUACGGUACCGCUUGCCAUGCGGUAGCAGAGAAAACAGUCUAUAACUUGGGUGGCUGGAGUCUUUGACAAUUUUUUGGGCCUUCCUCUGACAGCGCCUGGUAUAGAUGUCCUGGAUGGUACGGAGCUAAGCCCCAGUGAUGUACUGGGCCGUACGCACUACCUUCUGUAGCGCCUUGCUGUCAGAUGCCAUGCAGUUGCCAAACCAAGCGAUGAUGCAGCCAGUCAAGAUGCUCUCAAUGGUGCAGCUGUAGAACAUUUUGAGGAUCUGAGGGCUCAUGCCAAACAUAUUCAGCCUUCUGAAGAGGCGUUGUCGUGCCCUCUUCACGACUGUGUUGGUGUGUUUGGACCUUGAUAGGUCCUCAGGGAUGUGGACACUGAGGAACGUGAAGCUUUCGACCCGCUCCACUACAUGUGAAUGGGGGCGUGCUCUGCCCUCCGUUUCCUGUAGUCCACAAUCAACUCCACAAUCAAAUGUUAUACUGUAACCUCUUCUGUGUGCGAUUUUAAAAUAAUAAUAAUAAGGACACACACCACAUGACCAAAAGUAUGUGGACACCUGCACGUUGAACAUCUCAUUCCAAAAUCAUGGGCAAUAAUAUGGAGUUGGUCCCCCCUUUGCUGCUUUAAUAGCCUCCACUCUUCUGGGAAGGCUUUCCACUAGAUGUUGGGACAUUGCUGCGGGGACUUGCUUCCAUUCAGCCACAAGAGCAUUAGUGAGGUUGAGCACUGAUGUUGGGCGAUUAGGCCUGGCUCACAGUCGGCGUUCCAAUUCAUCCCAAAGGUGUUCGAUGGGGUUGCGGUCAGGGCUCUGUGCAGGCCAGUCAGUCAAGUUCUUCCACACCGAUCUCGACAAAUAAUUUCUGUAUGGAUCUCGCUUUGUGCACGGGGGCAUUGUCAUGCUGAAACAGGAAAGGGCCUUCCUCAAACUGUUGCCAGAAAGUUGGAAGCACAGAAUCGUCUAGAAUGUCAUUGUAUGCUGUAGCGUUAAGAUUUCCCCUUCACUGGAACUAAGGGGCCUAGUCCGAACCAUGAAAAACAGUUCCAGACCAUUAUUCCUCCUCCACCAAACUUUACAGUUGGCACUAUGCAUUGGGGCAUGUUGCGUUCUCCUGGCAUCCGCCAAACCCAGAUUCGUCCGUUGGACACCAGAUGUUCAUCACUCCAGAGAAUGCGUUUCCACUGCUCCAGAGUCCAAUGGCGGCGAGCUUUACAUUACUCCAGCCAACGCUUGGCAUUGCGCAUGGUGAUCUUAGGCUUGUGUGUGGCUGCUCAGGCAUGGAAACCUAUUUCAUGAAACUCCCAACGAACAGUUAUUGUGCUGACGUUGCUUCCAGAGGCAGUUUGGAACUCAGUAGUGAGUGUUACAACCGAGGACAGACAAUUUUUAUGCGGUUCAGCACUCUGCGGUCCCGUUCUGUGAACUUGUGUGGCCUACCACUUCGUGGCUGAGCCGUUGUUGCUCCUAGAUGUUUCUACUUCACAAUAAUAGCACUUACAGUUGACCGGGGCAGCUCUAGCAGGGCAGAAAUUUGAUGAACUGACUUGUUGGAAAGGUGGCAUCCUAUGACGGUGCCGCGUUGAAAGUCACUGAGCUCUUCAGUAAGGCCAUUCCUACUGCCAAUGUUUGUCUAUGGAGAUUGCAUGGCUGUGUGCUCGAUUUUAUACACCUGUCAGCAACGGGUGUGGCUGAAAUAGCCAAAUCCACUAAUUUGAAGGUGUGUCCACAUACUUAUAUUAGAAGCAAUUAUUGGUACCAUGAUUGUCUUCUAAAUAUUAGUGUAUUUACACAGACAGACCAUGAAGAUUGCCAUUUUUCCAUUCACUAUAAUGGGGAUCCUGUUUUCUGCAAACAAUGCCUGCAGUACCGCGGUCGGCCUUGAACUUCCGUGCUUCAAUGACAGGGGGCAGUCGUUCUCCCCUGAGUUAAGUAGUCAGUCUGAUUCUGAAAGGUCAGGGGUCAAGAUCUGUUGGUGGGAUAUUUUGCUGUGAAGAUGACAAUUACAUGUAUGUACAAUGUGUAGGGUUCAAAUAACACAUUAAUAAUUUGAGCUGCUCUGAAAAAAGUGGGUUGGACCAAAGUUUUUACAGAAGUUUUAUGCAUAUGGUGAUGUCCUGAUUUGUACUAGUUCCAUUAUUUUAACCUGGACUGUGUGUUGUUGUGUUUAGGGCAAUGAAAAAUGUGCAUAAUGUGUUCUAUUUAUAUUGUGUACUAUAUCUCAUGUAAAUAGACUCAUUCACUUUCUCAGAUUAAAGUAUGUUAAAUCCAUUAGGCAUAUUCAAUCCACGCCAAUAUGUCCACACCAUCAACUCCCUGCUCUUAAGUAAAUAUGAUUGUCUGUAGAAGUGUAUUCUUUAACAUUUUGAGGCCCUUCAGAUCUACACAACUUACUCAAUACUCAUGUUACUCAUCAUAUUCCUCUCUCCGCAUUGCCCGUCUGCAGUGCAGACCUUUGAAAAUGUUGUGGUUGUGAAACCGAAAGAAUAUUGCCUCAACAAGCUGAUUAGCCAACAUCCUCUCAGUAUCAAAUUUAAGAUCUGA